AUGGAACUUGGUCGAUGUUUGAAUUUUAUAAAUAGACUAAAAGUUGAAUUAUACCAAAAACAUAUUAAGUGUGGUGGGAUAAGUUCAUGUUAUGACAAAAUGAUGGAAAGUUUACAAAAACAGUUUUUUUUAAAUCGUAAUCAUAAAUGCAAGAAACACCUUGUAGAUCUUGAUGAAGAGGCAUAUCCAAUAUUUUACAAACUGGAUUUAAUAUCUAACUACACUUAUAAAUUAAUGUUAGGUGAUGGUUGCUGGGAAGAAACAAAAUAUGAUAAUUAUAUAAAUGAUUUAAUAAAAUCAUCAUAUGUAUAUGAUGAAAAUUUUUAUAAUGUACUUAAAGAAGUUGUGAAUACAUAUAAGAAUGCAUGUAACAGAAGUAGAGUAAUAUUGCCUCACUUUUCUGAAAUUAAAAAUGAGGUUGUAGUGACAUCAGUACAUUCAGAAGCAUCAACACAAUCAAGAAUAUUCAAAAGUGAAAGUUUAGAAGGUAGUUCAGGAAUUGUAUCAGAUACUGUAGAAUUCGGAAAAUUAUUAACAGAGGAAGUGUAUGUUAUAAGAAACAUUCUAGAGAUAUAUACAAGAUAUUCUUUAGUUUUACUAUCAUGGGUAAGGAAUGUCAGAGGAAUUUUCAACAAAAAUCAUUAUGAACACCAAAACCUAAUGGAUUCAUUUGAAAGAGAACGCAAUAAUUCAUUCCAUGACAGGAUAAAAAUAGCAUAUAGUUCAGAAGACAACCACUAA